UUUCCAUUGUCAAGGAUGAAUUUUACAGUGUGUUGAAAAGCCCUAGCAUUCCAUCAACUGAGCUGCAUUUUCUCUUUUGCAAUGGCAUUCUACGGAGCCGCAAAACGUGUUUGUGUUUUCAUAAGCCGGAAUCGUUCGUAUUCUUCGUCGGCGUCGGAGAACGUGAAUCUGAUAAAACAAUUGCGAGAGAGAACAAGCGCUCCCAUCAAGGACGUUAAAGCCGCUCUGGUGGAUUCCAAUUGGGACAUCGAAGCUGCUCAGAAGGAGCUCAGGAAAAGGGGAAAAGUUUUGGCUUCCAAAAAAUCGUCUCGAAUCGCCUCCGAAGGUUUGCUCGCCCUCGCCCAAACCCCCGCCAAAGUCGCUCUCAUCGAACUCAACUGCGAGACCGAUUUUGUUGCCCGAAACGAUAUUUUCCGACACUUGGCAUUGUGUUUGGCAAAGCAAGCUUUGUCGCUCGAUAACUCUUCUUCUUCUUCUGCCUUUCAUGUCGGACCUCAAUCUUUGCAUGACACGACGUUGAAUCUUGAGCAUCCAAAGAUCAGUGGAGAAACAACCGUUCAAAAUGCAAUCACUGAAGUGGCUGCCAUGAUGGGGGAGAAUGUGAGGCUUAGAAGAGGUUAUGUCUUGCCUGCUUCCUCCAACGGUUUUAUAUCUACGUAUCUUCAUACCAGUCCCCAACAUGGUUUGGGUCGCAUUGCUGGAAUUUUGUCCCUUGAAGUAGAUGACGGUAAAACACAAGUGGAAGCUCUACAGCGUGUUGGAUCAGAAUUGGCCAUGCAUGUAGUGGCAGCAAAGCCAUCAUUUUUAACAAAGGAACUCGUGCCCUCAGAUGCUUUGCAAAAUGAGCGGGAAAUUCUUAAAUCUCAGGCAGAAUCCUCUGGUAAGUCUCAGAUGGCCAUAGAGAAAAUGGUUGAAGGACGACUACGCAAGUAUUUUGAGGAUGUUGUAUUUAUGGACCAAAAGUUCAUUAUGAAUGACACUAUGAAUGUGCAGGCGGUGCUGGAUAAUCUAUCCAAGGAGGUGGGUUCAUCUGUGAGGGUUGUGAACUUUCUUAGAAUGGAAGUUGGGGAAGGAAUUGAAAGGCAAGAAACAGAUGCAUCAGAGACCGUCGCUCAAGUUGCGUAAGUUUAAAGAAAUUCUAUCUAUUAUUCGGGGAGGAAACCCUCUGAGAGCUCUACUUUGUUUUUAAGGCUUUUGCUCUCAAGCUGAUUAUAUUUAAACAUGUAUGUUCCGAUAUUGAUCCAGCGAUUAGGUACAGGAUUCGGUCGAAAAUUUUGCUCGGUAGUGGAAUCAUAAAUGAUUUCUGUUUGACUGCAUUACUUUGUUCUGGGCUCUCUCCUGAUCCCACAAAAGAAGUUGAACACAUUAGCGUGGCUCUCAAAAUAAUAAAGUUAUGGUUUUAUA